AUUGUCCCCAAUAUCACAACACCAUUUCACUACUGCCGCCAUCACAACCCUCAACCACGAAAGGAAUUAGUUGAAGACGGAUUACUGAAGUCACGUCGCCGAGCUUCUGCCCAAACUACCCUGAACUCACUCCUGAAGGCGCGCAGAACGCCCCACUCGCCACUCUUCGAACCGACUUCACGUCUCAUCCUCAUCCAUCUACCUACAGCCACUCUUACCGACACAUCAAUCCGCCCGCCCGUCAUCCCCUCCUCCGCUUUUCGACCGCCGUUCUAAGGCUCUUCCAAGACCCCCGGAAGGCUCCGAUCGCCCAUCAUGGCCGACCAAUCGCAGUACAAGUAUGCCGCUAUGUCCAACUUGGUUCUUCAGCCGGACAAGCGAUUUUACAGCCGCCGUACAGAUGAGCCGACCGGUGAUCCGGAGACCCUUGCGGGCAAGGUCGACAUCAAGGAGAUGGGUAGCCGUGUGUUGCGCGAUACCGCGCCCAAGGAAAAGGCGAAGAAGAAGAAGCGGGAAGCCGGGACAAUCAAUCUCGAUGCAAUGGACGAGGGCCGGGAGAUUCUGGAUCGGGAAAAGCGAAAGCGGAAAAAGGGUGCCUCAGCAGGCUUCGGUGAAAGCAUAUUGUCGGCUACCGAUGAUGUUUUGGACCUGAUCUACCAUCCCCGUACGGCAGCGACACGGGAGACGUACUCCUUAAUUCUGACGUUGACGGCCGGAAUUCUCGGCGAUGUGCCGCACUCAGUCGUGCGGUCUGCAGCGGAUGCAGUCCUAGAGAUACUGAAGGAUCCUGAUGGAUCGAAGAAGGACUUCGACAAGAAAAGGGGCAUCGAGGAUAUCUUGGGCGACAAGAUGGACUCCAAAACGUUCUCGGACCUCGUCACUUUAUCCAAGAAGAUUACUGAUUACAACGCCGGAGACGAAGAUGAGGAUAUGGAUGGCAAGGCGGAUGGCGCCGGUGGUGAUGAGGAUAUUGACGACCGAGAGGGUGUCGCAGUCGUCUUCGAGGACGAAAGCGAUGAGGAGGAUGAUGUCGGCCAGUUCGAAGUCCGGGACGACGAGACCGAUGACGACGCGGAAGCCGACGAGGAUGAGGGUGAGAAAGCCGCACAGGCAGCUGCCGAUGGCGAAGACGGUGACGAAGAGGAUGGCCUGGUGAUCGGUGGCGACAGUCGGAAAAAUAAGGAUCGGAAACGGGUGGUGGACAAGGACAUCGUGCCCGCAACCGAUAUCGAUGCCUUUUGGCUACAGCGAAAAAUAUCCUUAUUACAACCAGACCCUCAUCUCGCCUCCAUCAAGACAGCAUCCGCUUUUGAUAUUUUGUCUGCGCCGGAGUCCGAGAAGCCUCUCAGACAGGUUGAAAACGAUCUGAUUGAGCUCUUCGAUUAUGACCAUUUCGACAUGGUCAAGGUUCUGAUGAAGAACCAAGCCAAGAUAGUGUGGUGCACCAAGCUUGCCCGAGCCGGAGACGGUGAGGAUAAGCUGGUUAUAGAGAAGGAAAUGGUUCAACAGGGCCACGGCGGUAUUCUGGAGGAGCUGCGAGGAACAUCUGAAGCGCCUGGGCGUAAGCCUAAGAUCAAGGCGGACCUGAUGGACAUCGAUGUACCCACCUCGGCGCCCGAAAAGACUGCCCAGAAGGAGGGAGGUCUCACUGGCGGGUUGGAGCCUCGCAAGACCAUCGAUCUGGAGAACUUGGUCUUUGAGCAAGGCAACCAUCUCAUGACCAAUCCCAGCGUCAAACUCCCUCAAGGCUCAACUAAGCGGACGUUCAAGGGAUAUGAAGAGAUUCACGUUCCGGCACCAAAGAGAAAGAAUGACCCUAACGAACCAAAGUUGAUGCAGGUGUCCUCAAUGCCGGAGUGGGCGCAAGGGCCUUUCAAGAGCAAUCCCACCCUCAACAGGAUUCAGACACGUUGUUUCCCCACUGCAUUUGAAGACGAUGGCAACAUGCUUGUCUGUGCGCCCACCGGAUCCGGAAAAACUAACGUCUCCAUGUUGACCAUCCUGCGGGAAAUCGGAAAGCACAGGGAUCCCGUCACCGGUGUUAUCCACUUGGAUGAUUUCAAAAUUGUCUAUAUCGCACCGUUGAAGGCCUUGGUCCAGGAGCAAGUCGGCAAUUUCGGGGCGAGGCUGAAGCCGUACGGCAUCACAGUGUCCGAGCUCACUGGUGAUAGGCAGCUCACGAAGCAGCAAAUUGCCGAGACGCAGAUUAUCGUCACCACCCCUGAGAAAUGGGAUGUCAUCACUCGGAAGGCUACCGACCUGAGUUACACCAACCUUGUCAGGCUGAUCAUCAUUGACGAGAUCCAUCUUCUUCACGACGAGCGUGGGCCUGUUAUCGAGUCCAUCGUUUCGAGGACUAUCCGGAAGAUGGAGACGACUUUGGAACCUGUACGUCUGGUAGGACUCUCGGCAACACUCCCGAACUACCGUGAUGUGGCCAGCUUCCUCCAGGUGGAUCCAUUGAAGGGCCUUUUCCACUUUGAUGCUACGUUUCGACCAUGUCCCCUCAGACAGGAGUUCAUUGGUGUUACGGAUAAGAAGGCGAUCAAGCAGAUGCAGACGAUGAACGAAGUUUGCUAUACGAAGGUCAUUGAGCAAGCUGCCACCAAUCAAAUGCUUAUUUUCGUUCAUUCGCGAAAAGAAACUGCCAAAACCGCCAAGUUUAUCCGGGAUCGGGCGGUCGAGAUGGAAACGAUCCAGCAAAUCCUGAAGAGUGACGCGGGUACCAGAGAGCUUUUGCAGCACGAAGCCGACCAGGUGGCUGAUGGCAAUCUCAAGGAUCUUUUGCCAUAUGGAUUUGCCAUCCAUCAUGCUGGUAUGAGCAGGGCAGACAGAGCUACGGUGGAGGAUUUGUUCAGCGACAAAGCGAUUCAGGUGUUGAUCUGCACGGCAACCUUGGCAUGGGGAGUCAAUCUUCCUGCGCACACAGUCAUCAUCAAGGGCACUCAGAUUUACUCACCCGAGAAGGGUAGUUGGGUUGAGCUGAGUCCUCAGGAUGUUCUGCAGAUGCUUGGUCGUGCCGGUAGGCCACAAUUCGACACAUACGGAGAAGGUAUCAUUAUCACGACGCAGGCCGAGAUGCAGUAUUACCUAAGUUUGCUCAACCAACAGCUGCCGAUCGAAUCACAGUUUAUGCGCAAGAUGGCAGACAACCUUAAUGCCGAGAUUGUCCUGGGAACGGUCCGGACAAGGGACGACGCGGUCGAUUGGCUAGGUUAUUCCUAUCUGUAUGUCCGCAUGCUUCGCUCGCCCGGGCUUUAUGGUGUCGGCACGGAUUACUCCGACGAUGUGUCCCUGGAACAGAUGCGUGUUGAUCUCGCCCAUUCCGCCGCUACUAUAUUGGAAAAGUGCAAUCUCAUCAAGUACGAUCGCAAAACCGGAAAACUACAGGCAACGGAGCUCGGGCGGAUAGCCAGUCACUACUACAUUACGCACAGCUCCAUGUUGACUUACUACACUCAUCUUCAACCACAACUGUCGACUAUUGAGCUUUUCCGCGUCUUUGCGUUGAGUGAGGAAUUCAAGUACAUUCCCGUGCGGUCCGAGGAAAAACUUGAGCUCGCCGAACUGCUCGCGAAGGUACCGGUGCCGGUAAAGGAAGGUAUUGAGGAACCACAGGCCAAGGUUAAUGUUCUCCUACAAGCCUACAUCUCCCGACUCGGUCUGAACGGUUUGGCGAUGGUGGCCGAUAUGGUCUACAUCACCCAGUCAGCCGGUCGUAUCCUCCGUGCGAUCUUCGAAAUCUGCCUCAAGCGAGGCUGGGCGUCAGUUGCAAAGACUGCCUUGGAUCUCUGCAAAAUGACCGAAAAGCGCAUGUGGCGUACCAUGUCUCCUUUACGUCAGUUCCCGGUCGCCCCCACCCAGCUCAACCCAAUUGUCACCAAGGCCGAGAAGGCGGCGGAGUUUACAUGGAACAAGUACUUCACUAUGGAUAUUCCUCACUUGACAGAACUCUUCAACGGCAACGCCCGUGCAGGAAAGCUCGUUCACAACCUUGUGGAACGAUUCCCUAGGUUGAAUGUGCAAGCACAAUUCCAACCGAUCACUCGGAGUAUGCUACGAGUGGAGCUCACCAUCACUCCCGAGUUCAUAUGGGACGACGCGUACCACGGCACCGCCGAGCAAUUCUGGAUCCUAGUCGAGGACUGUGAUGGCGAAGAGAUCCUGUAUCACGAUCUGUUCGUCCUCCGCAAGAAUUACGCCACUUCGGAGAAUAACGAGCAUCUGGUUGAAUUCACCGUACCUAUGACCGAGCCGAUGCCACCAAACUACUUCAUCACGGUUGUCUCCGACCGGUGGAUGCAUUCGGAGGCAAAGUUAGCCGUUUCGUUCAAGAAGUUGAUUCUGCCCGAGAAGUUCCUCCCCCCCACAACGUUGCUGGACCUUGUGCCACUUCCUGUGGAAGCCCUUAAAAAGAAGGAGUUUGCCAAGCUGUACCCAGACUGGAGCCACUUCAACAAGAUUCAGACUCAGGUAUUCAAGAGCCUGUUCGAUUCAGACGACAGUGUAUUCAUUGGUGCGCCUUCGGGCAGUGGAAAGACGGUGUGUGCAGAGUUUGCAUUGCUUCGCCACUGGUCUCAGGAAGAGUCCGGAAGAGCUGUGUAUAUCGCACCCUUCCAAGAGCUAGUUGAUCGGCGAUAUGAGGAUUGGAAUGAGAGGUUGGGUCGGUUGGCUGGAGGUAAAGAAAUCACCAAGUUGACCGGCGAGACGAGUGCGGACCUUAAGCUGCUAGAACGCGGAGAUUUGAUCAUGGCCACACCUUCACAAUGGGAUGUUCUCUCUAGGCAGUGGCAGCGGCGGAAGAACGUUCAGACGGUGGAACUUUUCAUCGCGGACGAUAUCCAUAUGUUGGGCGGUCAGAACGGAUACAUUUACGAGAUCAUUCUCUCGAGGAUGCACUACAUGGCCGUACAGACCGAGAACGCUCUGCGGAUUGUAGCGCUCAGUGUUCCAUUAUCGAACCCUCGGGACCUGGGGGAAUGGAUUGGCGCCGACAAACACACUAUCUUCAACUUCUCACCUGCGUCUCGCCCGGUCCCGCUGGAGAUCCACAUCCAGUCAUUCACCAUCCCCCACUUCCCGUCGCUGAUGAUGGCCAUGGCCAAACCGGCAUACGUUGCGAUCUGUGGCACACCAGCUGACAAGCCCGUCUUGGUCUUCCUUCCAAGCCGAAAGCAAUGCCGGUCCACAGCUCUGGACCUCAACUCAUACUGCGUUGCGGAUGACCAGGAGGACAGAUUCAGAAAUGUGGCGAUUUCGGAUAUUGCUCCACAUCUGAGCCGCAUCCAGGAGAGGGCUUUGGCCGAAAGCUUGUCUCACGGUAUCGGAUACUACCAUGAAGCCCUGAGCAAGACCGACAAGCGGAUUGUUGAAGGAUUGUUUGCGUCUGGUGCUAUCAAGGUUUUACUGGCCUCGAGGGAUGUUUGCUGGGAGCUGGACACGCCUGCCCAUCUUGUCAUCGUCAUGGGCACGUCAUUCUUUGAGGGUCGUGAGCACCGUUACGUCGACUACCCUCUCAGCGAAAUCUUGAAGAUGUUUGGAAAGGCAUCGCGACCUGGUGAGGACAGAAUCGGUAAAGCGAUUUUGAUGACACCGGCAGUUAAGAAGGACUACUACCGCAAGUUUCUGAACGAAGCGCUUCCGAUCGAGAGUCACCUGCCAGCGUACCUCCAUGAUGCUUUUGUUACCGAGAUCAGCACCACAACCAUCGCCUCGACUCAAGACGCUGUCGAUUGGUCAACCUACACGUACUUCUACCGUCGACUGUUGGCCAACCCCAGCUUCUACAGUUUGACCGACACAUCCCACGACGGACUGAGUGCGCAUCUUUCGGAGAUGGUUGAGAACACGUUGAGGGAUCUCGCGGAAGCCAAGAUAGUGGACAUGGAUGAGGAGGACGAUACCGUGGCGCCGCUCAACCCAGCCACAAUUGCUGCCUACUACAAUAUCUCCUUCAUCACCAUGCAGACGUUCUUGUUGUCUCUGACUGGCCGCACGAAACUCAAGGGUCUUCUUGAGAUCGUCACUUCCGCCACAGAGUUUGAGCUCAUCCCGGUUCGGAGACACGAGGAUCGUAUCCUACAGCGUAUCUACGACAAUGUGCCAGUCAAGAUGGCGGAGCCUAACUACGAGAGCCCACACUUCAAGGCUUUCGUGUUGGUGCAAGCACACUUCUCGAGGAUGCAGUUGCCAGCGGAUCUCGCAAAGGAUCAGGAGAUGGUUAUCGGCCGGAUCCUGAACUUACUGAGUGGUUGUGUGGAUGUGUUGAGUUCUGAGGGUCACUUGAACGCCAUCAAUGCCAUGGAGUUGAGCCAGAUGAUUGUUCAGGCUAUGUGGGACCGGGACAGUCCUCUCAAGCAGAUUCCGUACUUCGGUCCCGACGUCGUCAAAGCGGCCAAUGAUGCAGGUGUCAAUGAUAUCCUUGAGUUCAUGGACGCCAUGGCGGAGGAAGACACCCGCGACAACCUUCUUAAGGCUCUCAACCUUAACCAGCGCCAACUCGCUGACAUUGCCAACUUCACCAACAACAAGUACCCCAACAUCGAGAUGGAGCACGAGCUCGAGGACGAGGAAGUCACUGCCGGCGCCUCUAGUUACAUCAAGGUCAAGAUCGAGCGAGACGUCGAAGAGGACCAAGAGGUGGAUACAACCGUUCAUGCGCCCUUCUAUCCUGGCACAAAGAUGGAGACUUGGUGGCUCGUCGUUGGCGAGGAGGAGACGAAGAGUCUGCUCGCCAUCAAGAAGGUUACUAUCCAGAGACGCCUCGAGGUUCGCUUGGAGUACACUGUGCCCACGCCUGGCAAGAAGAAGUUGACGCUGUCCUUGAUGAGCGACAGCUAUGUUGGUGUCGAUCAAGAGCAAAAGUUCGAGGUGGAUGUGGCUGAGGGUAUGGACGAGGAUGAAGAGGAGGACGAGGCGAUGGAUGAGUAGUGGAUUUGGGGCAAUGCAACGAAUGAUUUUGGGAUGCAUCU